CCAAUCUGGCAACGCUGCCCAGCGGUGUGGUUGAGUUAUAGUGUGUAAACGGAGCAUGGCAUCGGCCUGAUGUAAAACAGUGUCCCAGGAGAUCCAUCCGUCAUUCAACCUGGUGAGUUUACUGACCCACCCUUGGACGGACUGCGGAUCAAUGUCCAGAGGACUGCCCUUCACCAUGCCUCCCGUCCCAGUGGUGCCUGAGGGCCAGAGUCAUGUUCUGGCGGAGUUCGACUGCCUCGAUCCGCUGCUUUCUGCCCUUCGCUUGGAUUCUGGCAGAUUGAAGUGUACCUGCUUGGCAGUGUCCAAAAAGUGGCUGGGCUUGGGGACCUCUGCAGGAGGUCUGCACCUCAUCCAGAGGGAAGGUUGGAAGCAGAGACUUAUUCUAACCCACAAGGAAGGGUCUAUUAUUCAGGUAGCAUGUUGCCCCAGCGAUGAAGACUUUAUUGCCGUGGCAACAAGCCAGGGCCUGGUGGCCGUGUGGGAGCUGCAGCUGGAGCGCCGCGGGCGCCCCGAGAGGGUCAGCGUGUCCUGGGAGCACCGCGGGCAGCGGGUGACGGCGCUCUGCUGGGACAGCGGCUCCCUCCGCGUGUUCGCAGGAGACCAGGGAGGCAAGGUGUCCUUCCUGCGCGCCGGCUCCACCAAGCUGAGCAAGGCAGCGACCUUCGUGAUUUUCCCCGUUCAGACGGUCACGACGGUGGACUCCCGGGUGGUUCAGCUGGGCUACCAGGAGGGCCGUCUGCUGGUGUCCUCGCUGAGCCGCUGUUACCUGUGUGACACGGAGAGGGAGAAGUUUUGGCGCAUCGGAAACAAGGAGCGUGACGGGGAGUACGGCGCCUGCUUCUUCCCCCAGAGCCGCAGCCCGGCGGGGGGGCCGCCCCCGCUGCUGUACUGCGCCCGGCCCGGAUCCCGCAUCUGGGAGUCCAGCUUCAGCGGUGAAGUCCUGAGCACCCACCAGUUCAAACAGCUGCUGGCCUGCCCCCCGCUGCCCCUCAUCAGCUACAGAAGUGAACCCCAAUACGUCCCAGCGCAGAGGAGCUCGCAGUCUAUCGCCUUCUCAAAACUACUUUAUUUAGGAGAUCAACACUUGCUGACCUGGACCGACUCGGCCAUCUACAUCUUCCGACCCCAGAGUGGCCAGGUGCUUCUGUGGAGUGAGAUCAAAGAUGUGGUGGACAUUGCGGUGCACCGAAGCGAGCUCUUCUGUCUCCACGGCAACGGGCAGAUGUCCCACCUGUCCCUGGUGUCGGCGGAGCGGUGUGUGGAGCGGCUGCUCCGCAGGGACUCGUGGGUGCUGGCCGCCAGCGUCUGCUGCAUGUUCCCCCACGCCCUGGUGCCCAGCAGGACCAGGAAGUUGGUCCCCAUCGACCGCGUAGAGCACCUGAAGACCCAGCUUAGCCCUGCCUCCCACCCGGAGCUCAUUCGUCAGCUGGACGAGGUCAUUUCCAGGCUGGAGCCUCUGGACUCUGCCUCCAGCAGCCGCCGGAGCAGCAUUUCCUCCCACGUGAGUUUGGAGAGCUUCAACGUGUUGGACUGUGGCAUCUACCGGGUGAUCAGCCGCAGAGGCAGCCAAUCCGAGGAGGAGACGGGCUCCUUCAUCAACCAAUCGGCGUCAGAGGAGGACAGGCUGAAGGAGUUUGCGUUCGGCCCGGAGGAGGACCAGGGGGAGCAGGAAACCCAGGGACCAGAGGCCGAGCGCCCCGAGGCCGAGCGCCCCGAGGCCGAGCGCCCCGAGGCCGAGCGCCCCGAGGCCGAGCGCCCCGAGGCCGGCCUGCCCUUCCACCUCAACCUCCCCUUCGGGCCCAAUCAGCCACGCAUCGCCCUGCAAGCUGUCAAAGACAGCGUCUCUAGUUUAUUUAAGAAGACAACGGAGAAGAUUAACACUCUACAGAUGAACACAGACCUUUGGCAGCGCUCUGAGGCCCAGCCUGAAGUGUUAGUGGCUACAUCGCCAUCUUCAGAAGACAUGGACCAUGAAGUUUGUACCGAGACGGAGAAUGAACUGCAGGAACUCCGAGCAGCAACGGAGCGGGCCACCCUUCAGAUCCAGGACCCCUUCGUGCUGAUGGACCCCGCUGCCCUGGGGGCCGUCCUGCGGGAGUGGCUGCAGGUGCUGGAGCGAGUGCUGGGCGUGGAACAGCCGGGCUCCACCAGUGAGGACGGGCCGCUGAAGGAGGUCCGGACCAGGGAGGAGCGGUCGAAGCCCCAGAGCCUGGAGCAGCAGCAGCAGGGGGAGCCGCCUCUGUGCUCCUCCUCAUGGGAACCCAUCGGGCCUGAGACAGGCGAGCAGCCACCACUCCCCGAGAAGGAGAAUCAGGGUCGGGGCCUAGAGCCCGAGUCCGGCGUGGAUCCAGAGUCCACUGAGGAUGAGGAGGAGGAGAAUGCCGGAGAGCGUCAGGAACGCUGCCAGAGCAGCCCGGUGCCCGCCGGAGGGGGGCCCGCCGGAGGGGAGACUGCCGGAGGGGAGACUGCCGGAGGGGGGCCCGCUGGAGGGGAGACCGUCGGAGGGGGGCCCGCCGGAGGGGGCGAGCCCGUACGACCCGAGCCAGUCCGAGUGCAGCCCCCCACGGCCCUGCCCUCGGACCUGCUGGGAGACCUCACUCCGCUGGCCACCCUCUACCUGGAGAUGAGCUGCUUCAGGGGGCAGGGGGAGGAGCCAGGGGUCCUGAGUGCAGCCGGCUUCCUGCGGCGCUACUUCUUUCUGCUGGACGCCGAGCGUGUGCGGCGUGCGUGUCUGCUCUGCCACGCGGAGCAGCCCGAGAUGCAGAGCUCCUUCAUCGAGGCCGUGCAGGAGCUGACCCGCUCCAGUAAGGUGGUGGAGGUCAUCCAGAAGGGGGACCUGCUGAAGUCACUGCGAGGCCUGAGGGAGCUGCAGCCCUGGUCCGCUCCUGAGCUCCUGGCUCACACACACAGGUUGUAUGAGAGGCAUGGCGAGGCGGCUGUGCGCUCCUUCUCCCAGUUCCACCCCGCGGUGACGCCCGCUGACGUCGCGCUCAUGGCCCAGCCGCCUCACUUCCUGGCUUACCUGGACAACCUGGUGCAGUCGCACGCCGAGGAACUAAGAUUAUCCUUUUUGGGCUCCCUCCUCCAAUCAGAAUCUCUGAGACAGGAUUGGUUGGAGCUUGGUCUUUCCCAUGAUGCCCCUCAACCCUCCGACACCCUCACCGCGGACGGCCAGCCCAGGUGGCAUUCCCAUUUCUUCAGCUGGGGCUACGGGCGACUCCUCUCUCUGCUCAUACAGCUUCCUGCCGACCUGUCCUCCAAGGAGACGAUGGCGGAGACCUGUCGGAGCCGGGGAUACUGGACUGGCUUCCUGUACUUGUGCUGUGAGCUGCAGCGACGCACGGAGGCCUUCUCCACCAUCUGCAGGCUGGAUGAUAUGAGCCUGCUGGAGGAUCCACAAGUGGUACCGCAGACCGUCCAGGAGUGGAAGGUACUCAUCCAGCUGUCUCAGCAGUGCAGCACUGAGCCAGAGCCCGCUCCCCCCACCCCCAACGGGACCUCCACCCCCAACGGGACGGCCACGCUCGUCAACGGGUCGGCGGAGGGGCGCCGGCGCCAGGUGACCCCGGAGAACCUGACCCUGAGGCUGGCCCAGAGCGUGGGGCCGGAUCGGGCGCUGGAGGUCCUGGAGGAGUGCGGCCUGCCGCUGGCCCUGAGCCCCCACUCGGCACUGGUGUGCGAGCUGCUGCGGGUGGCGGAGAAGAGACAGAGAGCCACAAUCCAGACCAUGCUGGAGCGCUGUGACCGCUUCCUGUGGUCCCAGCAUGCCUAACUCCGCCCCCAUCCCCCCCCCGGAGCCCGAGCCGCCAGCUAAGCUAGAGCAUCAUGUAUCCGGGGAGCUGUGGUCCCACCUGCUGUUAUAACUGUGACCUAACCUCAUAAUAUGAGCAUGCACAAGAGCUUAUCAAACUGUAUCAUAUUAAUAUCAUACACACGCCGACAGUAUUAUUGGUCAUCUUGCAUAAUUUUUUUGUGGAGUGUUUAACAUGCCGAGCUCCUUCAGGCUAAUGCUCGUAACUUCUUUCAUAUGAAUGCAGGAAGAAUGUUUGCUUUUAUUUAUAUACUUCUCAAAUGACCAAUUUAAUAAAGAUUAUAAUUUAAUGUAUUAAGUGAAGACUGGGCCAAAAUGUUAUGAAUAUUGCUCUUAAUAAAGUUUUAAAAUCC